UUCCGGCUGUUACACCGGAAGGGACCUAGUGAGUCCCCGCCCUGCCUCCCAGUUUCAGCCAAAUUCGGGUUUUAAAACGGGCGCUGAAGAUGGGAAAGAAGAAAGAGGCGGCGGUGGAAAGAGGCCUGGAGGACGAAGCUGGUGGGCACAGCUCUCACAAGAAGAAACACAAGAAGCACAAGAAACACAAGAAGAAGCAUCACCAGGCAGACGUGGGGCUUGGCUUCUCCUCCGAGACUCUGGAAUCUGACUCUGGCACCGGAAAACCCCAGCUAAAGCUUAAAAUAAAACUGGGUGGGCAGACCAUGGGUACAAAGAGCGUGCCCCACUUUUCUUUGGCUUCGGAGCUGAAGCAGUCUCCAAGCCCACUCAUGGUUGAUGAUGAACCAGAUGAAGUACCAUUGGAUCAGUAUAGGGCCUGGCUGGAUGAGGAGAGCAAUUUAGAUCCAUCCCCUUUACCAGACCUGGAUUCAGAAAGCCUUCAGGAGCCAGAACAGGAUGAGGAGCAGCGAUGGCUGGAUGCUUUGGAAAAAGGAGAGUUAGAUGAUAAUGGGGAGCUAAAGAAGGAGAUUGAUGAAUCAUUGUUGACAGCUAGGCAGCGUGCCCUGCUACACAAGCAGCAAAGCCAACCACUCCUGGAGCUGCCCAUGGGAUAUAAAGUGAAGGAGAUGACCGAGGAGAUGAUGGUGAAACGAGCUGAGCGUGCGCGAAAGAGACGCCUACAAGCUGCCAAGAAAGCAGAGGACAGCAAAAACCAAACCAUUGAGCGGCUGACAAAAACCAACAAGGCCAAAGUGAAAACGCUGAGGGAGAGAAGGACCAAGAGAAUGCACUAUCCAAUGAUUAGAUAUUCAAAUAACGCCAUAGGGAUUACUGUCUCCUUUCCACACGGAUGUCCUGUCCCACUCCCAGCCAUUUCGCAGUCUGUCCCCACACCUGUAACCUGUGGGGUAGAGGGCUGCUCAAACUUCAAGAAAUACUCAUGUUCUAAAACCGGGAUACCUCUCUGCAGCCUUGAGUGCUACAAAAAGAAUUUGUUAAUCCAGGGUUUGGCUUGAUGGGCUGUAAGCUUUGUUUUUGUCAGUCCUGAUGAAAUAAGAGGGAGGCACCUAGAAAGCACAUUGGGCCAAGUUGCUACCAGUGGGCUACUGCAGUAACCAGGAACAGUUCAUUUGCCAGUAGAACCCAAAUGGGUGGUAAUAAGAUUCUUCUGUAAUAUGAAAUAUCUACUGUGCUUUUCUGACUCCUUUUAUGACACGAGUUGGAUCAUGAUGCUUGUUUCAGUCAGAACUAAAGUGGUUAUGUUACGUUAAUAGAAGGAUUAAUGGAUGGCAGUCUUCAGUUUAGUAAUGAAAAAAAAUGGUGUUCCUCACAGUGAGGAAUGAAACUGUUUCCCUUUCAGUCCCCAGUGUAAACACACUAGCUCCAGUAAAGCUGCCUCUACCCUGCCGCAAUGAUGCAGUUCAUCCCCACCAGUGUGACGUUUCUCCAUUCCUUUUCUGUACUCAAUUUAGUAUAAAAUAGGAAGCAAUUGGAACUUUGGAACCUUGCUCACUUAAAAAGUGGGUUGAGACUGACGAAACUCAAGAUUUCACAAGACUCAAAUAGUGAGCAGGAUAGACUUCCAUCCAACAGUGUGGAUGCAUUUAAAUCUAGGAUCACAGAGGUUAGCUUCCCACACACUGAACCGCCUAAUCCCACAUUAACCCAUUCUCUUUGUUUUAUUCCACCGCCCCAUAACAAAAUAUAAUCACUCUAAUUUUCCUUGGUGGACAUGCUGUGCCCCACAGGCAUGCACCCAGAUAGUUAACUUUCCAGGAGAUGUAUUGGGUAUUGGUAGAUACCUCUGGUUAGCACAAGCAAGGUAGGCAAAACUCACCAGAGGAAACCCAGGGUAACUUGAGAUUUGCUGCCCAUUCGAGUAAAAAAUCUGUUGAUGUUAUUAUACAGCCUUAAUGAUUUUGUUGUAGAUAAUGGGACUCAAACUACAUGUUUGAAAUAUAAAAACAUCAAAUGCGAAUACUCAGCCAGCCACGCAGAAUCUGUGGAGGGAGAAACAGUUUACAUUUCAGGUUGAUGAUCUUUCUUCAGAACUGCAAAUUUGAAUAUACUGUGUUGGCUGUAAACUUUCUGUUGAAUGUCUCACCUGUGCAUCUGUAACUUCAAAAUACAGGAUUAUCUGAUAACUUUCAGCAAAGUAGAAGGAAAUGGUGAGCAAUGUGCAUGUAAAAGCGAAAGGUGGCUGUUUUGUGUAAGGUUAGAUAUUAAAAACUGAUUAAAGUA